ACGGCAAUCCACAACAGAGCACGAGACCUGACAGUGCAACAUUCACAGACCAAAGCAUGCCGAAAAUACCCAAAGCCCAAACCAUCAGAGUUCUGAUCGAACGGGGCGCAGCCACACGCCAACACACACCUGACGCAUGGCGCGUUCGCUUCGUUGUUCUGGCUUGACAGUUGCCCCUCAACGCCCCCGAAAGUCUCUUUUCCUGCUCGAAGAUGACUACAAGCACUCAAUUCUUGACUCCUUUUUGGCCACCAACCGCAUUUCCUACUCAUAGAUAAUACCUCACAGCCCAGAUGCCUGGCAUCUUGCCCCGCACUCGUCCACCCAAAAGUGCCAAGAAACGACCAAAACUCACGAAGGAUCAAGGUGAAUACCCUGCUUCAACAAACAUAUCCCCACAAAGCGGCCAAGCCCCUUUCAAACAAUCCCGCCACAAACCUCUCCCACCCAUCCCUCCCGAAACCAAAUUCACCUCUCAAACAGCCGAAGGCUGGCAUGCGUUCAAAUGGGAGCUCGAACGGCAUGAUGUUUACCUCACGUACAUCAUCGAGCAGAUGCACAAGGUCCCCGAUAGAACCAGCAAUGAGUAUAAGGCGAGGGUAGACGGGGUGAGAAAGUUGAGGAGGGACGUGUUUGAGCUGGGAGAGAGCGGAAGACAUGCUCUUGUGGGGUCAAAGGCCAUCAUAGGACUGGCCGAAAGAACUUUGAUGGUGGUGAGGAACAUGUAUCAACGAACGGUCAAAAUGACUCCCAACGUGGAUGGUACUCCCAUUUCUCCUCCUGUUCUGAAACUCAUAACAGACCUUUCCAACGAGUGCAAAAAGACCUCUUUGCCUAUCACGAUCAGCAACACCAUGACUCUGCGGCGGAACAUGGAGCAGCGGUAUCUCGAUACCAUCGAGAAACGUAUAUUCCAUAUGAAUACGAUACUGGCAUAUAUAGUCCAUAAGCUGAAACUCAGAGACAAGAUGAUAUAUCAACCUGACCAGUGGCCGGUAGAGGCGGUAAUCACUUGGCGAGAAGAGAUACACGAGGCUAAAAUGAGUCAGAGGGUCUCAAAAGCUCAACAAAACCCUCGCCGCGAGCAGUGUCUCGUUCAGUAAUCCGCUGGGCUGGACAGGGUGAGAUGUAGAGCUAAG